CAUAUUUCAGUUCAAGCUGAAAUUGAUGGUAAACUUAUUUCAAGAAGCUAUACACCAACUAGUUCUGAUGAUGAUUUAGGACAUUUUGAUUUAGUCAUAAAGUCAUAUCCUAGUGGAAAUUUAUCCAGAUAUUUUGGAGAAAACCUCGUAGUUGGGCAAAAAAUCUCUGUUAAAGGACCAAAGGGACAAUUUAAAUAUACCCCCGGUUUAGUUAGAGCUUUUGGAAUGAUUGCCG